AAAGGGCUUGAAUGAGUGAGGCGCGUAAGCAGCAGCAGCAGCAUCGCACCUGUAGUUCAUGGCGUGAAGCGUUUCCAGCCGCACAGUCAAUCAAUUCAUAAUUUAAUCGUAUUUAACAUAAUUAUCCCCGAUGGAGGAGGUGGACGUCGAGCCGGCUAUCACCAACAUCCCUGCUGCCAGUGAUGGGAAGCAUUUGGGAUUUGCAUGGGGUCCUGGUGAUAUCCUUACCUACGAGACCCUGUACUCCCGUACUUCCUCAGGAGUUACAGGAUCAGGCAGCUUAUACAUCCACGAGGUCAGGAAAGACGAGGACAUUUACUCCCCCAUUCUACGCAAACUCUUCAAUGAGUCACAUCACAUCUUUGUCGGCCUGCAGACAAUAAGAGAGGACCUCCCCAGCAAGAACAAAAAACCUCAAUUUGUCAGCAUCAGUAAAAACUAUCGAUCUGUGAUACGAGCCUGCAUGGAGGAGCUUCAACAAGCUGCUGUUUCUACAAAAGUUGCAGAUGUGGCGACACAAUAUGGAAAUCAGGUGUCGAUUCUGUUGGCCAUAGAACUGAUCUGGAAUCUGUGUGAAGUGCUGUUCAUCGAUGCUGCGCCAGCGGGGUCCCUGUUGCUCCACCUCCUGGACUGGGUAAGGUUACACAAGGCGGAUGUAGAUGAAAAGGCCAGAGAAGUGCUGCAAAGUGAGAGCCCUGCUGAACACCGCGACUACUGGGAUGUGGUGGUGAGUUAUGUGCUGCAGGGCAGGUUGGAGGAGGCCAGGCAGAUGCUGGAGAAGCAGGCCACCCUGCACCCUGCAGCCAGGAAAAUGUUCAAGCUGAUGGACACUCUGCUCAGCAAGAUGCCGUUCUACAACCCCGGUGGCACCCAGACGCUCACAGAGUUUGAUGUGAAGUGGAGACACUGGCACGAGGAGGUGGACCGCUGCCUGCAGGACAACUCGUUCGCCAGCAACCAACACCUGGAGCUCAUCUGCAAGAUCCUAGUGGGCGAUGAAGACACUCUGCUGGAGCACAAGGGACUUCUGAGCACCUGGUAUCACUUCCUGGUCACCAGACUGCUCUUCUGUCACCCCACAGUCAAACCUACCGAGCUACACUUCUAUGCACAGUCAUGCAUGACGAUGUUCCUGGACACGAGGAGCGUCCCAGAGCCCCUGGACAGCAUCUUACUGGCUGCCUUUGAGUUCGACAUCCAUCAGGUCAUCAAGGACUGCAGCAUCGCUCUCAACAACUGGUGGUUUGUGGCCCAUUUGACGGAUCUAUUGGAUCACUGCAAACUCCUCCAGUCCCACAAUCUGCACUUUGGCUCCAACUUGAGAGAGUUUCUCCUCUUAGAAUAUGCUUCUGGUCUCUUCACUCAUCACAGUCUGUGGCAGUUGGCCGUGGACUACUUCGACCACUGCCCUGAGUUUGGCCGUGUGUACCUGGAGCUGCAGAUCGAGCGGGUUCCCUUAGAAACGGAGCGCAAAGCACUGAAGGUGCUCAGAAUCUGUGAGCAGAGGCAGAUGUCAGAACAAGUGCGGAGUAUCUGUAAGAUCAUGGCCAUGCGCGCUCUGAGGAACAACAGACUGGGCUCGGCUCUCUCUUGGAGCAUCAGGGCCAAAGAUGCUGCUUUUGCCACCCUCAUUUCAGAGAAGUUCUUGCAGGAUUACUGCGCCAAAGGAACCUUCUCAGAUCUGGACCUGAUAGACAACCUGGGUCCAUCAAUGCUGCUCAGUGACAGGCUCACUUUCCUUGGAAAGUACCGCGAGUUUCACAAGCUGUACGGGGAAAAGCACUUCAGCGAGGCGGCCAAGCUGCUCCUCUCCCUCAUGACGGCAAAGAUCGCCCCCCGAAGCUUCUGGAUGACUCUGCUGACUGACGCGCUGCCGCUGCUGGAGCAGAAAGAGGUGAUCUUCUCAGCAGACCAAACCUAUGAGCUGAUGUUUUGUUUGGAGGAGCUCACCUCCUCGCUGAACACCGCCGCUGUCGACGCAGACAGGCCCAUGCAGGAUGAAGACAUAGAGGUGACCAAAGUGGAGCUCCUGAGACUCGCCCUGGCCAGAAAUCUGUCGAUGGCCAUCGUCAAAGAGGGAACGGUGGAAGCUUAAAGAACACAAAGCUCUUCUUUUUGCAUUUUUUUGUACUGUACAUAAAAUUCAUGUAAUCGACCGUGCUCUUUGAUAAUAAAACUGUUUUCAUUUGA